AUGGGUCUUGGGGCUGCCGGCAGCGGCGUCGGCUCUCCGCCAUGCUGGGGCCGCCACCUCGCCGCCGAGGGCUGCACGAGCACGGGGGCGACCAUGUCCGUCGCCGCGCACAGAUCACCGGUGGCGUCGGUAUCGGGCGGCUGCUGCAGCUGCGGCGGCGGGCACGGCAACUGCGUCAACAUCUACGUGAACAACAACGUGCAAGGAGUCACCAACUCCGUGCUGGUCGGCAGCAAGGUCGUCAUGAGGGACCCCGGGCCGCGCAUCUCCUCCAGCCGCCACCACCAGCCGCCGCGAGACGGCCGCCGCCGCCGCCGUGAGGGAAAGCGAAAUCGGCACCAGCAGCUGCAGCAUAUGGCGAAGACGAUCAAGAUUGGCAUCGUCGCCGUCGUCGUGUCGUCGUUGCUGUUCGUAGCAGCUGCGGCGACGACCAUCCUUUGCCUCCAUCUUUUUGUACGCGUACGCGAAUGA